UGCUUGACAGUUUGACUAGAGGAACGAUUGAGAACUUACCACCAUGUGGUCACUAUGUGUACUGUUAGCCACCCUGGCGUCAAUGUUUCCUACUGGACACGCCAUUGACUUAUCGAUCUAUUCCACGGAGAGUGCCCUCGCCAGUUUUAUCGACACCUUUUCAUCCGGGCUGGCUGGCAUGGCCGGUAAUCUGAUCCAAACGGUCGUGGACAACCGAACGAUCGAUCAGGAGGUCACUUUUUGGUGCGGUCGGCGAGGGUAUUCGAGUCUCCAGCAGACGUUCGUGGAUGAUAGCGCGAUUGGGAGCAAACUUGACCUUACGAAGUCUGUUGCUAUUAUAACCCAUGGAUGGCAGAGUAAGGCAAACGUUACGUGGGUACAAGAAAUGGCCGGAGCUUACAGCAAGUACGUGGACAGUAAUGUUUGCGUAGUGGACUGGUCCAGAUAUGCCCGGUACGGUUAUGCGAUCGCGGCCAAGCGAAAUACCCGAUUGGUGGGGAAAUAUUUGGCGGUUUUUAUGCAAUUUUUGACUCGGAAUGGGAUUACUCCGUCCAAGAUGACCUUGAUUGGGCACAGCUUGGGGGCCCAUGUCUCGGCGUUUGCUUGUAAGAACUUCAGUGGACAGGUGAAGGAACUGUAUGGAUUAGAUGCAGCGGGGCCACUGUUCACGUUGCCGAUCGACGUUGGAACGAAGAAUAGAAUUGCUUCCACGGAUGCUGGAUACGUUCAGAUGAUUUACACGACCCGUUAUCUGCUGGGAACUGGUGAUCCGAUUGGUCAGGCCAAUUUUUUCCCAAAUGGAGGGUACCACCCGCAACCUUCAUGCUUGCUUCCGAUGUUGACGUAUUCUGAUGCAUAUGUUCCCCUAGCCUGCAGUCACUCUCAUUCUCAUCAGUUGUUCACAUUGUCGUUGAAUCCAGCCUACGUGUACAAAGCAAAGAAGUGUGGAACAUAUCCUACCUAUUUGUUGGGUUUAUGCCUGUUCAACUCCAAUGAUGUAUUGGGGAUCUACUCGAAAAAGUCAUCUGGAAAUUUUUACUUUAAUCAGAAAGUGUUUUAUCCGUUUGUAUAAAAAUAUCAACUUGGAUGAAUUUGAUUGAAAUAAAAUGGUUAACUACA